UUCAUCUUCGACCUCUUCGAGUGCUAGUGGCUCGGUCAAUAGAGCGUGUAAGCAGUUAAGAUUUUAAUUACCGGUCUAAUCUCUGGAAUCUACGAAGCGAAGAAAAUGAAGGUACUCGAAACUAAGACAGAGUUUGACAAUUUUCUCACAGAAGCAGGCUCUAAAUUAGUUGUCAUAGACUUCUAUGCUGAUUGGUGCGGCCCUUGCAAGAUGAUUGGACCGAAAUUUUUGAAAAUGGCAGAGGAUUUCCCAGAUGUAUGUUUUGCAAAAGUGAAUGUUGACGAAAACUCGGACACUGCAGAAGAGGAGGAUAUUACCGCUAUGCCAACGUUCAAAUUUUACAAAAAUGGUAACCAGGUAGAUGUGUUAACUGGAGCAAAUGAGGCAAAACUGAGGGAGAAGAUCGAGACACUCAAGUAGUUUAGACAUUAUGACAGGAACUUAUUUGAAUUUAGCUUGUAUCUGCAUGAAGGCAUUUUGUUAAUUUAAAGAAGAAUCUUGACAGGAUUGUUACUCAAGUCGAUCAGCUUGUUUGCAUGUAUGAUUUGCGAAAGCAUUCUUUCUGCCCUUUCUCUCAUAAUGUGAAUUGUGUCUCUUAAAUACAAAACCAUUCCAUAAAAUCUUCCUGCUUUCUUCUCUAAUAAGUAUGAUAAAUGAUAGCAACAGCUAUAAAAUGAUAUGAGCCGCAUUAGAGCUGUAGCAGUGAAAUUUAUAACUCCAUGUACAACAACGACAGCAACAACAACUUUCAUUUGUGCCCAACAUUUAGACCAGAUAACCUAAUAAACAAAUAUUUUAAAUAACCAUAAUGGGGCUUAAUAAAGAGGACAGCCAUA